UUGACCCUACCUACCAUUCAUGUAAGUGCUGUGGUGUGUGGAGACCGGGCAAUUGAAGCAACAACAAUGCUCAAGUCAACAACUCUAUUUACUAAGAGAACUGUACAACUCCAUGUUGUCGCAGAAGAUCAACUCCAUGAUGACUUAAAGAACAUUUUUAAUCAGUGGCAUACGGUUCAAUCUGGAAAAGUCAUGUUCAAAAUUUACUCUUUACACUUUCCUGGGGAAAAGUUUGAUGAGUGGAAACGACUUUUCAAGCCAUGUGCAUCACAGAGGCUGUUUCUUGUGGUAAGUACAAAACUAUUUAUUCCGUAAUGUAUGUGUUUACUCUGUUUCAUUGCGUACUUGUCAGUUUAGAUAACGACUUGUGGCUUUUAGUGCAAAUGAAAACGUAGAGCUGAUUUGCAGGUUUUAUCAUACUGUGAUAAGCUGUUUAAAGGCAAUUUUAUGUUAAAUUUUUUAUGUACAGUGAGAGAACCUUGAUAUAACAAAGGGCCAAGGGACUGGCAAAUUGUGUUCGCUUUAAUGAGGAUUCAUUAAUGAAAGUUCUUUUCCAUAUUUUACUAUUACCGGGGUAAAGAAAAUCAUUCGCUUUACCAAAGACUUUGUUAGAUAGAGGUCAUUAUAUCACGGUAUAACUGUAAGAAAAACUUAAGAGGGUUGUUUAGAGCCACUUCAAAUUUUGGGGAUCCUGUGGUGGCAUCUGAAUACCUUCUUUAUCAAUUUUCUACAAAAUCUCUCUUUGGAUAAAGGAGACCCUGCCAGGGGUGGGGAGGGGGGGGGUCCCAUGUUGCCCGUCUGAAUUUUAAAAUGUCUCGCGUCGCUGUUUAUAAAUGCUUGUCACUUAUUGUCGGCUUUGCCGUCACUGUCGCAAUUUGGCUGAGGGAAGUUGUUUCUUCUCGCUGUCGCUACCUUUUGGGCCAUAUCACUUGUCGGAAUUUACCCUGGCAGGGCCUCACAAAGUUAUUUUGAACAGAAUAUACUGUUGCCAUGGUAACUUUGCACGUCAGGAAAAUGAUCAUAACUUGUUUAUCAGUGAUUGGGCACUUGGUACCAGUGACGAUUGUUUUAGUAUCUGCUGAUAAAGAGUAGUUAGCUACUAGGAGACAUCAGUGUUUACAAACAUUGUUUUUGUUAUUCAAAUCUGCAACAAGUAAAACAAUAGAAUCUUUUGUUUAAAGAACCAAUGCACUUUUGGUUGGCACAUUACACAAAUGAUUACAAUGUCAUUACAAUGUCAUUCACCUGAAAGUACAGAGCAUUAAUUAUUAGAGUAAUUGUAAAGCUAAGUGGCAAAAUUAAUAUGCUACCGUGGAUGUCCAUUAUCACCUUUCUUGGGUUUUGCCCUUCUUUUGAUUAUUAUAUUUGAUGCACUAGCUAAAUGCUGUUUAUGGAACUUGGUAAAAGAUUGUCAAUUGUAUUCUUUUUCAUGGCCAGCUAUAUGCCCCAAAAUAACCUUGCUACAUUAAUCUUCUAGUUUCAACAAUGAAAUGCGGGUUGUUGCCAUUUUGAAAAAGUGGCUGUUACCUGAAGGUUUCAAUAAACAUAAACACCUGGACUGGCAGGCAGGAUGCAUUACUACAUGGCCUACUCCAAAGGGGCCAAAUCAUAUAUAGGUGGAGGUUUGAUUGUAAUGGAACUGUUGUCAGCUUUCUUAAGAUAGCAUAUCGGAAAUUUAUUUUCUAGGAUGUGCUGGAUUCCAUUGAUAGUGUGCUGUACAUGGAUACGGACACACUGUUGCUAAGACCUGUGGACGACAUUUGGGAUCACUUCAAGAACUUUGACAGCUGGCAGCUGGCAUCAAUGACGCCAGAGGGAGAAGAAACAUCGUUGACCUGGUAUCCUAGAUUUGCGCGUCAUCCUUUUGCUGGCAAAAACGGAAUGAAUUCUGGUGUUAUGCUUCUUAAUUUAACCAGAAUGCGAGCAUUUGGGUGGAAGGAAAAGAUAAUUGAAGCUUACAACAAGUACAAACUUAGCAUAACCUGGGGAGAUCAGGACUUAAUAAAUAUUGUUUUUCAUGAUCAUCCAGGUAAUGGCCUUGUUUCCUUUUUUGAAGAUUAUUUAUUUCACACUAGCUCCUUUGUGUAAGAAUAUCCCCUUGAUAAUCUGGUAAAAUUUUUAAAGUGCUGCAAAAUUUCAAAAUUAUGCAGUUUAUUUUCACCUUUAUUACAGAAAAACUGUUCCAAGAAAUUAUGUGUGCAAAACACAUCUGCUUUACAAUCAGUGACAACAAAUCCCUUAACUUUCUACCACCAAGGGCAAAGUAAAGCCCCACUCUCCCCCAAACAAUGUUGUUCUUUGUUGAUUAAGGUGAAAUGUAGUAAUAUUGGAAAAAUUAUUUUAGAAAUAAUUUAUAAUUGACCUUUCCCACAUCCCUGUAAACAAAGGCACCCACACAAGGUUUGGGUGGACAAAUACAGUGAUUUAUAUGAAAUUGUCCACCUGAGCCUGAUCAUCCUCAUUUCUUUAUGUUUGCUCACUGGAGUGUAAUGCAGGAAAGGUCUAUUUAAUGUGAUGUGCAUUAUCAAACAAGGUCGUAAGCUUGAGUUAGGCUCCACUUUAGAAAUCUGCACAUAUUCUACAACAUUGAAAGAGGGGGGAAGAGAGGGGAUACUGCAGCAAGACAUUGAACAGGGUAGUGCAAAGAAAGGGAUGAAUUAAUAGUUAAGUGCUGGUAUGGAUAUUUUCUGACAGAAAAGCCAUUUAUACAAUGAAAAAUGAGAUACCUAGCUAGAUGUGUCUUAAUCAAGGCAAACUUCUUUUAUAAAUGAUACAAAAAUAGUCUCAGUAAGACACACCUUACAUAAUUGCAUAUAUGUUACUGCUUUUGUCUUACAAUUUGUCCUAUUGUGUUUCAAAUGCCCAAGAGGUUUUGCCACCCCAACCCCCACCCCACCCUCACUGAUGUUUCUUAUUGUUAUUUGAGAAUGUCAGCUUUGCACCACUCGUAUCUACAUCACAACUAACUGUCAGAUGUGAUAUUUUUAGGUUUGCUAUAUGUUUAUACAUGUGACUGGAACUAUCGUCCUGACCACUGCAUGUAUGGGAACAAUUGUGGGACAGCUAAAGACAAUGGCAUAUCAGUAAUCCAUGGAAAUAGAGGAGUCUUCCACAAUGAUAAACAAGUCUUCUUUAAAGCUAUUUAUAACGCCUUGAGAGAUUUUAAACCUGGUGAAAACAUCACGUUGCUGGCAACUCGUUUAUCAGAAAACCUUAAAUCUGUUGGGACUGAUCCCUAUUGUAAUGCCAUGGUUGACAGUGUGUUAAAAUAUCCCAAAAAAUAUUCUGUCUUAUGA